GUGGUUUAGGAAAAUCAAAGAGAGAGUGAGAGUCUUCAUAGAAGAAUACAAAGGAAAAUGGUUAGAACUCCUUGCUGUGACAAAAGUGGCCUGAAGAAGGGUACAUGGAGUCCUGAAGAAGAUAGAAAACUUAUGGAUUAUAUUUCUAGAAAUGGCUGUUGGAAUUGGCGUCAACUUCCUAAGUAUGCAGGUCUGUUAAGGUGUGGAAAGAGUUGCAGAUUGCGAUGGCUGAAUUAUCUGAGGCCUAAUAUUAAGAGAGGAAACUUUUCUAAAGAAGAAGAGGACGCCAUCAUUCGGUUGCAUGAUUCACUAGGGAAUAGAUGGUCUGCUAUUGCUGCCCAGUUACCGGGGAGAACUGACAACGACAUAAAGAACCUCUGGCACUCCAUCCUCAAGAAAAGGGCUGAACCAAACUCAAGCGAUUUUUCUCAACGUAAAAGGACAAAAAAAGAAGGUAUUAAUCCGCAAAUUCCGCUACUAAAUCCUGCAACUCCUCAUAUUAUGGAGAGCUCUCCAAUAUCUCCAAAAUCAUCUACAAGUGAUUCAUCAACCAUGGCCAUGGAUAGCAGGCCAGUCAUGAGUAACGGUGAGUUAAAAUCUGCUGAUGAAUUAGAUUUCUUGGAAGCAUAUGAAGAACCUACAGGAAACUUUUGGACAGAACCAUUCUUGAUUGACAAUUACGACAUGCCUGAUGAUAUGACGCAACCAUUGUUGCUGGACCCUCUCUCUCCACUUCUUGAUGGAGAAAUAUUACCUUAGUUAUAUGCCUUAUGCCUCAUAGCCAAUUGAUUGGUUUUAUUUAGACAUAAUGUUUUAUGCAUUAAAUAUCUUAUAAUUAAUAAAAGACAUUUAUUUAUCUUUUAUAUUUUGUUAAAUGAAUCUC